AUGGCGGCGCAGUUGACGGUGCUGAUGCGGCGGGAGAAGCGGGAGGCGACGGGGGGAAGCAGCGCGCGGAUAGAGGCUCCUCAAUGGCCGCGGGUACGUGGGGCGCGGUCGAAAGGCGCAGCUUGGCGUCUGGCGGCGACCGCGCUCACGAGGUGGCGGCGCAUAGGAACGGCGCGCGGGCAGGAGGAGUGGCGCGAGAGGAGGCGUGGGGCGCAGGGGGAGAAGAGAGGGAGGGGAAAGGAGAGAGAGGAGUGCGGGAAGGGAGAGAAGGGCGAGAAGGCCAGGCACUGGCUUUUACUGGUGCGAGUGGUUGGAGCGAAGGAGAGGGAGGAGGGACGCGAGGAGGCGAAGGAGGAGGGAAGGAAGGAGGAUUCAGGUUCAGCAGCAGGCACGUGGCGUCUGGGCACAGCCCACGUGGGCAGGCGCGGAGGAGCGGGCAGAGAGGCGUGCAGCAAUGGAAGCCGCCCUGGAGUCAACGCAGUCAACCUGACAGCAGCAGCAGCGACUUCCUCUUUCGCAGCAGCGUUGGAACGUCGCUCCCUAGGCCCGCUCAGGGCGUUCUACACCACGAUUCAGCUGGGCUCGCAGCAGCAGGCGCUGCAGGUGGGGGUGGCAACAGCAGCAGCCAUGAUUGCCGUGCCCUGCCUCUGCGCCUCCUGCGCUGUCUCCGGCCGCCUCUCCCCUCCCUCCAUCCCUGCUGCUCCCAAUGCCCCGACGCCCAGCCCACCAUUCGCAGUACCUCUGAGCACCACAGCAGCCAUCAUCCCGUGCGUCUCCCCCGACUCAACAAGUGCCAGCUGCUCGGGAGCGGCUUCAGUACCCCUCAGCACCACAGCAGCCAUCAUCCCGUGUGUCUCCCCCGACAAGUGCCAGCUGCUGGGGAACGGCUUUGGCUGCUCGCUAGUCAACGCCACCGACCUCUCCUGCCAGUUCAACCUGCCCCUGCUCUCUGGGGGCGCUUUAGGGGGGAGUUUGGUUGGCACUGUGGUGCAAGACACGGUGCUGCUGGUGGGGGGAGUGGGGGAGGGAGGUGGCUUGUCUCAGUCUUCCACACUGGCUCCCCCUCCUCUCAAACCCCCCUCUCCUCCCCCUCCAUACAUAUUACCCUCCCAUUUUCCCGUUCCUCCCUUUUCCUCCCUUUCCCCUCCCUUUUCCUCCCUUUCCCCUCCAUUUUCCCUCCCCCUCCCCUCCCCUCCCCUCCCUUCUUCCUCCUCUCCCUCUUCUAUCAGCUGCGCACAGCAGGACGGGGAGGCAUCAGCCCUCUCCUCCUCUCUCUACCCCGAUGGCCUCCUCUCCCUCUCCCGCUCAGCCACCUCCCUCCCCUCGCAACUCGUCUCCCCUUUCCCCGCCUCCCCUGCUGCCGCGGCAGCUGAGGGUUUCCCUGGGGGAGGGGGAGGGGUGGGGGGAGCAGAAGGAGCAGCAUCAGCAGCGCAAGAAUCCCUAGUCAGCUUUACUUCUCAGCUCUACUAUGUGGCCAUAGCAUCGCUGCAGGUGGCAGCACAGCCACUCCCACUACCAGGCAUGACAUGGGAGUCGGUACCAGAGCAGGGCCGCGGAGCAGUCAUCAGCUCCUCCGCGCCCCUCACUGCCCUUCCCCCCACCGCGUACAACGCCUUUGUUAAGAAAGUGCUUCAGCUGGUGCCGGGUGCGAAGCUCACAGCCACAGCACCGCCCACCCUGCCAGUGCAGCUAGACUGCUACGACCUGCCUGCCUCUGUCAACAUCUCCUCCCGUGCAGCUCUCCUGGCGUCCUUCCCCCUCGCCCGCCUGGACUUCACCAACGGGGCCUUCUGGUGGUUACCACCGGACACAUACCUUCUUCUGCCUGACCCAGCAGCCCUGCCCAGGACAGUGUGCUUCGCGCUACAGAAGACACUGACAAACACUCCACACACCAUCAUAGGAGCGCCCUGGCUGUACAACAAGCAUGUGUAUUUCAACAAUGCUGCCUUCCGCAUAUCAUGGGCCGACAUCAACUGCACAACGUCCCGGCCCCUCAAGUACAAGUGGAACACAACACCCCCGCCUCCCUCCCCCAGUCCCCCCAACCCCCCUCCGCCCAGUAGCCCUCCCCCUCGGCCCCCUUUCCCACCCCCGCUUCCCCCACCCUCUCCCCCUCCUUUUCCUCCCCCUAUUCCCCCUCCGCCCCCUUCCCCCCCUCCCCCGUCCUUACCUCCGCCACCUCCCCCUUUUCCUCCUCCUCCUGCCUCCCCACCUUCCCCUCCCCCUGCCCCCCCUCCUGCGUCACCUCCCCCUCCUCCCCCUUCACUUCCCCCACCCGCCCCGCCUCCUGCUCCCCCUCCCUCACCUCCCCCUGCUCCCCCACCCGCUCCUCCCCCAUCCCCGCCCCCUACCCCUCUUCCACCCGCAUCCCUCCCUCCAACCAUCCCCCCUAUCCCCUCACCUCUUUCCCCUCCAUCUCCCCCCUCACUGCCCCCCUCGCCUGCUCCCCCGCCUGCUCUUCCCCCUGCCCCUCCUCCCGAAACCCCAUUGAUUCCCCCCCUCGAAACUCCCCCUGUCAUGCCCCCAAUCCUCCCCCCGAUUCCCCCCCCCGAGCUCCCACCUUCCCCCAACCCCCCAGCAUCUCCCCCCCCACAAUCCGAACCUCCCACCGCCCCUCCUCCCGAACCUCAAGCUGCCCCUCCUCCCGAACCUCAAGCUGCCCCUCCUCCCGAGCCCGCAUCCGCGCCUCCUCCCGAACCACCAGCCUCACCUCCGCCCACCGAACCUCCCCCUUCACCACCCCCUCCCGAGCCUGAAACCCCCGCGGACUCAAACUGCCCUCCCGAACCCACCUUGUGCGGGUUCAUCCUCGGAGGUUCGGAAACCACCAUACCUCGCAUCACGCUGCAACAGCUGCUGGAUCCAGGUUCGGCAAACGGACUAACCACAGUGACUAUAGCUCCGGCAGAGGUCAACACAGGGGAGAGCGGUGGGGAGGAGACUAAUGGAGGGGGGGAUAACGGGGGAGGAGAUAGCGGAGGGGGAGUACGAGUGGUGGUGAUAAAUGUUGGCUCAGCGGAGAUCUUGUGUGGCGAUGGAGUGGAGGACAAGACAACAGCAGCAGCUACUAACGCUUUCUUCUUCCAAAGCAAUGUGCUAACCGCACGAAACAUCAUGGAUAUUCUCUCGGCCAACCUAGCCAACCGCUACAUCCGAUUACCCAUCAGUCCUAACAGCGCGUAA